AUGUCUUUACCAGCUUAUGCAGUUGAUCCAGAUGCUGUUUUAAAAAAUGUUCCCGAAGAUGUUAAAUGGAGAACAGGAAUACCAAAUUAUGCGAGAGCGCACAAUUUUUUUCAAAAACACAAAACAACAAAUCACAAGGCUGGAUCGUUAGAAGACAUCGUGCAAAACCUUGUUAAAAAUUGGGAGAAAGAAGCAAGUCACAAAACUGAUCCGCGUCAAUGGGACACAGUUGAUCUGGACAAUUAUCAAUUCUCUUGUAAUGGUCUUAACAAAUACAAUGGUCAAGAAAUGUUAACAAAAGGAACGUACAAUGCUUUAUUGGGCGAAUCGAUGUAUUACAGUGCAUCAUCGAUUUCAUUUGAAGAUUCACACGAUGCGUUUCGGAACGCGUUAGGUGAUGGUUUUGCCUGGGAACUUCUCGAAGUCUUCUCAGGUCCACCUCAUGUUACAUUUACAUGGCGUCAUUUUGGCACAAUGACCAACGAAUUUAAAUGCACUGGCUUGUCAGGUAUACCGUAUAACGUCAAACCGAGCAAUAAAAUGGUUGAAAUAUUUGGAAUGUGCAAGGCAACAGUGAAUGAUCAAUUGAAGAUCCAAGAUCUUCAAGUAUUUUAUGAUCCCAAUCAAUUAUUUGUUCAACUCCUUGAAACAUGUCCUCAUGCUGCCUUUAUUGGUAUGAAACUCCCUGAAUCGGCUAACACAGAUCAAUCAUCGGCUACCACUGAAAAGUCAAAUUAA